CGCACCAACGGUUUGGCGUGCUGAAAACGGUUCAGACCGACCAAACUGCACCGCGCACACCCCUAUUGUUGAUCAUCAUUUGACCUCUUUGUAUGACAGUCGUAUAUCGUUAGUUUUGUGCCAGAUGAUAUAUGGGAUCGUUGGAUGCAGAAGUGGGAACAAGAUGAAGCUUUUAAGAAAUGGUCUACACAAGCGUCGCUGAAUCGGUUGAGUGAGACGGGUGGCCCUGGUGCCGGUCCUUCCCGCCACAUUAAGGGCUCCAUAUCUUUAAUGGAGCAUAAGAGACGAAUUAAAGGGGAGUUUGGGAGAGAGCCCACGUUGAUUGAAGUUUUUGAACGAACUCAUUCAAAAAAAACUGAAGAAGGAGAGAGGACGUAUGUCGACAGAUGUUCUGCGAGCAUUGCUGCAACGUACGGACAAUUGCUGGAGCAAGCAACUCAAUCGGAUGAGGGAUCUGAUCAGCCAGUUGAGCCAGAUUGCGACUAGAUAUUCAUCCAGACUGCGGGCGGGAAAAACAAGAAGAAGAGGAUUUACGGCAUGGGAUCCUUAUCCCAAUCGAAGUUUCCCAUCAUCGGCAGCUCAUUUACUAUCUUAUCUGGCCAUAGGAAAAUGCCACCAUACAAGAAAUGACAGAGAAGAUAAACUCACAAGCUUUGGAGUUGAACGACUUUCAACAAUAGAUGUUUGAAAUGCGAGCUUUGAUUGAACAACUUGCUACAUCUAUUCAUGGCAUGUUUCCUUCUUCUUCUUCUUCUCAUCCACAGUUGACUCCCUAGCCUGACUCGCCUAAUGCUGGAAAUGUUUCAAAUGAUUAUAUUCCAUAGUUAUUUUGAUGUAACAAUCAGGAUGACAUUAAUAUUUUGUUAUCUAGACGAUUAUGAAAAUUAAUAGUCAGGAUGACAAUAU